CACGCACGCACGCCGGGGCUGGAUCAUGUCGAGCGGCGGGCCGGAGGGCGACCGGACAGCCGAGGCCCAGGACCUGAGCUGCUCGCCGGACUCCCCCGUCACCGAGCGCCGCAACCGCAGCGGCAUCAUCAGCGAGCCGCUCAGCAAGAGCCUGAAGCACUCCCGCGCCCUCUCCCAGUACACCCCCGCCUGCAACCCGGCCUCCGUCAACGGACUCCACAGCAACGGCCACACCAAGAGCCACCUCACUAAGUCCCAAGAGCGCCACCACCACCAGCAGCAGCCCCCCCCCCAGCAGCAGCAGCAGCCCCCAGCAUCGGUGCCCACCCUGGGCAAACUGGACCGGACCCUGGAGCAGAUGCUGGAGGGGCAGAACGGGCUGCUCCACUUCGCCCAAGCAGCGGCGCUGCUGAAGCGGGCGGGGAUGGAGCACAUGCUGCUGCCGGGGGGCAUGGGGGUGGGCGUCGGGGGUGAGACGGGCGUCACUUCGGGCGACCUGGAAGCGGCCUCGGCGGUGGAAGCGGUGAGCGGCCUAGCCGACUUCGCCUACGGCAUGGGCGGAGGCUUCCCGUUCAACCCUGGUCUCUUCAUCAUGACGCCGGCCGGAGUGUUCCUGGCGGACAGCGCACUGCACAUGGCCGGCCUGGCCGAAUACCCAGCGCAGAGCGAGCUGGCGUCCGCCAUCAGCUCCGGCAAGAAGAAGCGGAAACGCUGCGGCAUGUGCCAGCCCUGCCGGCGCAGGAUUAACUGUGACCAGUGCAGCAGCUGCCGUAACCGCAAGACCGGCCACCAGAUCUGCAAGUUCCGCAAAUGCGAUGAGCUGAAAAAGAAGCCGUCUGCAGCUCUGGAGAAGGUCAUGCUGCCAACAGGAGCGGCAUUCCGAUGGUUCCAGUGAGACUGUGAUCCCCCCCCCCCCCCCCCC